AUGCGCCAUUGCGGCGCACCUUUUGCGGCUUCCACGAGCAUCAAGGUAGGCAGCCGCGCAGCACUGGAAAUGGUUUUCGAGUCCACGAGAGACUGCUUCAUCUUGAUCUUCUCCUUGAUCUUCAAGCUGGAGGAGCUGCAUGCAGCCCUGGUCCUGGUGGUCCUCCUCAUCGCCGAGGGCCUCUUCAUGUUCACGUACAAGUCCACGCAAUUCAACGUGGAGGGCUUUGCCUUGGUGCUGGGGGCCUCAUUCAUCGGUGGCAUCCGCUGGACCCUCACCCAGAUGCUCCUGCAGAAGGCGGAACUUGGGCUCCAGAACCCCAUUGACACCAUCUUCCACCUGCAGCCACUCAUGUUUCUGGGGCUCUUCCCUCUCUUUGCCGUAUUUGAAGGUCUCCAUUUGUCCACAUCGGAGAAGAUCUUCCAUUUCCAGGACACCGGGCUGCUCCUGCGGGUGCUGGGGAGCCUCUUCCUUGGAGGGAUCCUCGCCUUUGGUCUGGGCUUCUCUGAGUUCCUACUGGUCUCCAGAACCUCCAGCCUCACUCUCUCCAUUGCUGGCAUUUUUAAGGAAGUCUGAACUCUGCUGCUGGCAGCCCACCUGCUGGGGGAUCAGAUCAGCCUCCUGAACUGGCUGGGCUUUGCACUCUGCCUCUCAGGCGUCUCCCUGCAUGUGGCUCUCAAAGCCCUCCAAGCCAGAGGUGACGAUGGCCCUAAACCCUUGAAGGGGCUGGGCUCCCACUCCGACCUGGAGCUGCUGCUCCGGAGCAGCCGGCCGGAGCAAGACGACAAUGAGGAGGAGGGGGAGUACUUUGUGGCCCAAGGGCAGCAGUUAUGAGCCAGGGGACUGGCGGGGAACCAGGCUGCUCCCAGGCCUCGCACCUCACUGCAGCCCGGGAGCAGGGGCCUGGGACUCUCCCAGGCUGGGCCUCGGGGAGCACGUGACCACGCAGCGG